AUGGUUCGCACUGCAAUGGGCCUGCUCGCUGCACUGCUGCCGCUCACGCACUGCGCGCACAUUGUGCACCCGGGCACCCACUGGAUGGACACCGAAGGCAAUCGAAUCGAGGCACACGCUGCAGGGAUGCUCCAGUCUCCACUGGACGCACGUUGGUACUGGUACGGCGAGACGAAGAAGGAGCACGCGGGGCAGUCCGCCACGCAGGGCAUCAACUGCUACUCCGCACCCUCCAUCGCCGGCCCAUGGACGUUUGAGGGGCGAGUGCUCGGCCAAGAUGAUGUCGUGGUACCGGGAGAGCACGGCCGAUGGGUCAUGCAGCGCCCCAAGGUCCUCUUCAACAAUCGCACUCGUCGCUUCGUGCUGUGGUUCCACCUUGACCAGCCCAAGCGAUCGGGCAAGUACAAGUUUCGCCGCGUCGGAACGGCGACGGCGAAGCUCCCCGCCGGACCAUUCACGUUUGUGGCUGGCUUUCGGCCAGACGGCAUACCGUCGCUCGACAUGAACCUCUUCUUGGAUCCGCUGGAUGGGCAAGCUUACCUUAUCCGCGACUGCGCGCACGAUUAUGUCGGCAUCUCGCGCCUAUCAGCUGACUAUCUUAACACGACAGAGGCAGGCGUCAUCGCCAAGCUUCACACCUGCGAGGGCAUGGCGAUGUUCCGUCUUGCUAAUGGAACGUAUUACCUGAUCACAUCGCAUCUGACCGGCUGGAACCCCAAUCCGCUCAUCGCAUGGCGCAGCACGGGGACCGUUCUCGAUCGUAGCACACGCUGGAUCAACUUGGGCAAUCCCACACAAGACGCCACGAGCUUCAACACGCAGCCGACUUAUGUGGUGCGCUAUAGUCCAGCACGGGGGCCUUCCUACUUUGUGUACAUGUCGGACAACUGGUUGCAUUGCGGCCCUCACGGCCUCACCGAUGCGUGCUAUACCUGGCUGCCAAUUGUGCUCAACGAUAGCAGCCCCUUGCCGGUACAAAUCACUUGGCGGAAGAGCUGGGACUUAAAUGAUCCGAGCGGCGGAAGCCACUUGAGUUCAGAUGGUCUACGCCAGGCGUAA